AAUGUUUUUCCCCAUAAUUAUUUUUUGAAUUAUUAUUAUUACUAGUUUUUUUUUCUUCAUUUAAAUUCAUCACGGAACCGUAUAACUUGACAACAAGAACCAUUCCGACCAUUCAUGGAUGGAGCUGCUCAUGGAGCCUUGAGCUGUGCUCUUCUCCCCCAACACUUGCAGAAAGCUCAAGAAGAUUCUUAUAGAAGUGAUUAUUCAUGGAAGUUUCUUGAUCAUCUUGUUGUAUGGACGACAGACAGACCUGUUUGAGUUCUUGGGAAAUGCUUUCCCUGUAUUCCUUUCAGUUUUCCAGGAAGCAACAGAGAUGAAUGAAGCUGUUCUGUUGAUGUUGAAUUUCCUUUUUAUACUGUGUGGAAGUGGUUUCUGAUUUGUGUCUGAGAUUGGAAAGUUUGGCGCUUUUUUUACCUCUCACAGACAUUGUUGGGGGGCGAAAUCUUAUCCGAGUUCGUGUCCCCUGACUCGCCGCUGCUACAUACUUUGAUGAAGAUGAUAUGACCCCGCACCCUUUUCGAACUUCACUUGAUUUCUGGCUUGUAUGUUAGAGUUUGGAUUUAGAGAGUCCAUUGUCGAGAUCCUUUUUCCCCCUUUUACAUAUAUUCAGAUAAGUUGGGUGGAAUGGAUACACGGGAUGAACAAUUUCUAACUAACAGGACCCGCUUGCUAUCUCAAGUGUCCAAAGUUCAUGUUGGAAAUAGUAAGAAACAAUGCUCAUUAAAAAAUUUACCCCUUUGUCCCCUCUAAUGUGGGAUUACGGCCUAUUACUAAUGCAUUGUCUAGACUUGGCUUAUAUUUGGGGUAUGCUCCAAUUAAAUAUCGAACUUUGCCUAUCAACUUUCUGCUUAAAUUGUCUCGAGUGCUUUUGCAUCAGUAUUGUGUCCUGGUUCGGUUUUCAUCGAACAGUCAUAUUCGACCAUUUUUGUGUACUUAUCAGUAUGGCAGUCGUCUAGCGGGGUAAAUCAUCAAAGCUAAUGUGUGAGAAUUGAGGAGCGUCAUUUCUGGGCCUCAGUCUGUAUUCCAUGUAUGUAAGAUCAAGCCCCUUUAACAUUUGCAAUCGCAAGUCUGAAAUUCCUCAUGGAAGAAUCUUCAAGCUUGAAGACGGGCCAUGUUCCAGAACCAUACUCUGAGGGAAGGUACUGUGCUGAUAACAAUGAAGCUUCAGAGUCUAACUGCUCCCAAAACAGAAUCACUUGCAUUCACUGCGGCACUGAAACCAGCUGUAGAAUUGUCAGAUCGAAAACCAAAAUGAUGAACAUCCUCAUUGAGAGAGGGAAACCACAGGAAGCUCAAUCGAUAUUUGAGAGCAUAAUUGAGGGGGGACACAGACCCUCCCUAAUAUCCUACACCACCCUACUCGCCUCAUUGACCAUGCAAAAGCGUCACGAUUCCAUCCACUCAAUCAUUGAAGAGGUCAAAAGGAAUGGAAUGAAGCCUGACUCAAUAUUCUUCAACGCAGUUAUAAAUGCGUUCUCUGAAUCGGGUAAUAUUGAGGAAGCUAUGCAGACCUUUUGGAAGAUGAAGGAGAGUGGGAUAAAGUCCACAACUAGCACUUAUAACACAUUGAUUAAAGGGUAUGGAAUCGCAGGGAAGCCUGAGGAGUCAAUGAAGCUUCUCGAGUUGAUGUCCCGAGAGGGAAAUGUGAGGCCCAACCUGAGGUCUUACAACGUUCUUGUGAGGGCAUGGUGCAAUAAGAGAAAUGUUGCAGAGGCAUGGAAGGUCGUGCACAAUAUGGUGGCUUCAGGCAUAAAUCCCGAUGUUGUUACUUUCAACACGAUUGCAACCAGCUAUUGCCAGGGUGGACAGACAGAGAAGGCUGAGGGUUUGAUCUCUGAGAUGAGAAAGCACAAUGUGCAGCCAAACGAUCGGACAUGCGGGAUCAUAGCAAGUGGGUAUUGCAAAGAAAGGAAGAUAAGGGAUGCCCUGCGAUUUGUGCAUGGAAUGAAGGGUCUUGGUGUGCGUCCGAGUUUAGUUAUUAUGAACUCCCUCAUCAAAGGGUUUGUGGAGAUCAUGGACCGAGAUGGGGUUGAUGAGGUGUUAACACUGAUGGGCGAAAUUGGGGUUAAGCCCGAUGUCAUAACUUUUAGCACCAUAAUGAAUGCGUGGAGUUCUGCCGGCUUCAUGGACAAGUGCCAAGAGAUCUUCGACGACAUGGUGAGGGCCGGCAUCAAACCUGACCCCCACGCAUACAGCAUCCUUGCCAAGGGCUAUGUUCGGGCUCAGGAGCCUGAGAAGGCCGAAGAGCUCUUAGAUUCCAUGAUAGCCUCAGGUUUUCACCCGAAUGUGGUGAUCUUCACCACGGUCAUCAGCGGGUGGUGCAGUUCAAGGAGGAUGGAACCUGCAAUCAAGGUUUUCAAUCAGAUGUGUGAGCUCGGGAUUGAGCCUAACCUCAAGACCUUCGAGACCCUAAUAUGGGGGUUUCUAGAGGCGAAGCUGCCUUGGAAAGCUGAGGAAAUACUCCAAAUCAUGGAGGAGUUCGAAGUUAAGCCCGAGAAGUCCACUUUCUCACUUGUUGCAGAGGCCUGGCGCUUAUCAGGUUUGUCCAGGGAGGCGAACAGAAUCAUGGGUAAUUUCCAGAAUGCAACUAAAUCGAGCCCCAAGAGAGACACGGAGGAAAAGGGGAGUGCAAUGGAGAGCUUGGAGAGGAUUUAUGAGAGGCAACAAAGCAACUCUUUCUCAACUCUCUUGCAGAUACCAGGUGAGGCUGCAGCAUCUGCGAAGAGAAGCCGAAUGGUGUCGUGGUUUGUGGCAAAAGCUGCAUACGCUAUUCCUCAGACUUGCAAGUUCGGGACGAGGCUGCCAACUAUCUGGCAAAAGCAGCAGCCUCAGGGGUUCUCAGGUCUCGGCCAACCUUGUACAGCAGUCUUCUUGAACUGAUCUGAUAAUGCUUUUUGUGCAUUGCAGUGGAAGCGAAAAAUCGGUAAUUUGCCUCGUAUAAAUAUAUGGAUGUGUAGAUACAAGAGGUAUCUUACCAAUGGAUCUUUGAUUCUUUUCUUAACUUCUGUAUCGUUUCAUGAUCUACUACUCUUCCAAAUAUCGGGUAAAGUUGAAAUUAUUACAUGAAAAAUUUGUUACAUCAAUAUCUCUUUCAGGAAAUGUAAUGUGUAAUUGACUAUCGACAUGUUAUCUGCGCUUGAACCGUUUUAAAGCUAUUUGCAGGGGCAAAAUCUGGUGACUCGAAUGGCUCAGAUGUCGAGAUUUGGCCGGAGCUCAAUCGAGUCUCUUUUUCUUCAGGGGUCAAGCUCCUCUCAGAAUCAUAUGCGAUGUGCCACGGAAUUUGGGAUUUGAAAAGUUUGACAGUUAAUGAUAGUGAGGAAGUUUGGUUGUC